UUAUUUUAUUUCUUGCUUUUUAUCGGUCAUUCUUUUGUUUUUUAUUAUCAUCUAUAAACAUGUUCAAUAAAAAAGAAUAAGAAAAAUACGGGGAGAGGUUACCUUUUACACAGCCCGAGAUGAAGCCUCGAACGUCACACGCUACGUCAUUUCGCCUACGUGAAGCCUGCUCGAUAGGGAGCUUCGCUGGGGGGGAGGAGCCGAGGUACUCGACACACGCCCCAAUGCCUCGACGCAAACCAUAACAUCACUACAUAUAGGAAGUUUCACCGACGACUGCUUCCUCAACUUGGUCCAAUACAAAGCUGGACUUGCGGAACGUCUGGAAAUGGAGUCCGGAUUAGUACCAACACUCCUCGGCUCAGCGACAAAUCUCGGACAAGCCAGCCCAUCAAUUGGUAACUUUCAGGUGUUUCUCUCAAGGGAUGUUGCCUGCCAUACAGACCACCUGGAAACACAUACUGUAGCCACACGGCUAUCCUUAAAGACUUUCCGGCCCCACUUCACAAGUAAAGAAGACUGCGAUUCCUUUGGAGACCGUAGCACGCAGCGCGGCGCCACCUCGGAGAGUCUGGGUGUGGACGGCCCUGGCUCCUCCCACAUGUCCAGUCACGGCGGGGAGCUGAAGAUCCUGAGCGUCUACGGUAAAGGGGAGGGCCCACUGGCGGUGGACGGCCAUGACACCCUCUUCACCGCGUCAGAAGUGGAGGCCCUGAACUCGCUGUCUGCGGACCACAGCGCGGCCAAGAGCCUGGAGCGCGGCGAGCGGCUGGUCUGCCACGAGGAGCUGAGUGUGCAGCAGACCCCGGACACCAUUUCAAUCAAGGUUGAAGAGGAUAUUGGUGGAGGCAUGCCCGCUGUAGAAGACGGCUAUGACAUCAGAGACCGUAGCACGCCGCUACUGCUGCGUGCUACUGCUGCGUGUAAGCUGGAGGCCUUGAGCUCGCUGUCCGUGGACCGCAGCGUGGCCAAGAGCCUGAACUGCAGCGUGCGGUUGGUCCGCCUUGAGGAGCUGACUGGGCAUCGGGGCGGCUGUAAGGGCCGGCCCGGUGUCUUGGGUGGCAAGGUUUUUCCCAAUAAUGACAAUAUGAUCGUUCACAUGAGGACAAAACCCGGCGAGAGGCCGUACGGGUGCGACCAAUGCAUCAAGGGCUUCAGUCGGAAAAGCAAGCUGGAGAUCCACAUGAGGACUCACACCGGAGAGAAGCCCUACAAGUGUGACCAAUGCACAAAGCGCUUCAGUCAAAGUAACGACCUGAAGAGACACAUGAGGAUUCACACCGGCGAGAAGCUGUAUGGGUGUGACCAAUGCACGAAGAGCUACCGUCAGAAAGGCAACCUGAACAUCCACAUGAGAACGCACUACGGGGAAAUACUCCAAAGGUGCAACCAAUGCACGAAGAGCUUCAGAAAGCAAUGUGAAUUGAAGAUCCACAUGUGGACUCACACCGGGCAAAAGCCCUACAGGUGCGACCAAUGCAUGAAGAACUUCAGUCAGAGCUCCUCCCUGAAGUGCCACAUGAGGACUCACACCGGCGAGAAACCCUACGGUUGCGACCAAUGCACGAUGCGCUUCAGGCAUAGCUCCUCCCUGAAGGGCCACAUGCUGACUCACCCCGGGGAGAAAACCUACAGGUGCAGCCAAUGUGCAAAGCGCUUCAGUCACAGCUGCGAUCUGAAGUGCCACAUGAGGACUCACGACGGGGUGAAGCCCUACAGGUGUGACCAAUGCACGAAGUGCUUCAGUUACAGCUCCUAUCUGAAGACCCACAUGAGGACUCACACCGGGGAGAAGCCCUACAGGUGUGACCAAUGCACGAAGUGCUUCAGUUACAGCUCCUAUCUGAAGAGCCACAUGAGGACUCACACCGGGGAGAAGCCCUACAGGUGUGACCAAUGCACGAAGUGCUUCAGACAGCAACGCCAACUGAAGCUCCACAUGAUGACUCACACCGGGGAGAAGCCCUACAAGUGCGACCAAUGCAUCAAGCGUUUCAAUCGGAAAGGCACACUGAAGAUCCACAUGAGGACUCACAGCGGCGAGAAGCCCUACAGGUGCGACCAAUGCACGGAGCGCUUCAGACAUAAACGUACCCUGAAGAGCCACAUGAGGAAUCACACCGGGGAAAAGUCCUUCAGGUGCGAUUAAUGCACGAUGCGCUUCAGUCAUGGCUCCAAGUUGAAGAUCCACAUGAUGUCUGUGUGAUGAAGAAUAACUUAUUUCUAGGACACUUCUGACGGCAAAAUAUUUGAUUUAAUUUUAGAGCUUGACCAUGGGAAGAUACAGGCAGCAAAGUUACCAGGCAUUCGUUCAUUAAGUUCAAAUGCAAACUAUCUUAACGCCUUUUAAUCAGAGGGGACUGGAGGUAUCUCUAGUUACAAGGAGAAUGUAUAUAAAUUCCUUUCAUUUGAAUAGUAAUUAUAUAUAUAUUGUAUACAAUUGUAUAUUAAAGUUACGCUUGAUAUUUCCAGAACUAUGUCAUUACCUCUACCUUUGUUAUUAAAAAAAGCCUGCAAAGUUCACUUCACACUUACCUUUCGUCAUGUGCUUAAUGCCAACUACCUCUUGUUUUGACUUUCUAAUUGCUGUCUUUCUACUGCCAUUAUUUUCUAGUUCAUACCUUGUAUCACAAUCUGCAAUCGUGGUUGAAGAGGAUCCACUUAAAAAGGUCACAGGUUAAAUGUCUAGAUCUCAGUGAUGCUUGAGUCAGUUCAUGCCGGUCCUCACUCUAGAAUGCAGCUUUAUUCUAAUGGGACAGUCAGAAGAUUCCUAGCAUUGGUCACCCUUCACUCCUUGUUUGUCUAACGAAAGUUAAACGAAAACAUGAUAAAUGUAUCAUGUUAACUUCAA